AUGAUAUCGUCCGGGCAACACUCUGAGGUUGUUUCCAGCCAGGAGAAGCCUCUGGAUCUUCCACAGCUCAAACCAGCAGAGGAUCAUGACAUUGUUCUCAAGACCAUCCGCAUGUUGGUAGCGGAUCUAUGCCAGCAGUUUGGUGGUGGCCACCCAGGUGGUGCUAUUGGUAUGGCAGCAAUUGGAGUUGCUUUAUGGAGAUACGUGAUGCGGUACGCGCCUGAAAAACCGGAAUUCUUUAACCGCGACCGCUUCGUGCUUUCAAAUGGACACACCUGCCUUUUCCAAUACGUCUUCUUGCACUUGAGUGGUUACAAAGCUAUGACAUUUGAUCAGCUCAAGUCGUACCACUCAAAACGUACAGAUGCCCUUUGUCCAGGUCACCCCGAGAUUGAGCACGAGGGCGUCGAGGUCACCACAGGUCCGCUGGGACAGGGCGUGGCCAACGCCGUCGGGCUGGCCAUGGCGACCAAGAACCUCGCCUCCACCUAUAACCGUCCCGGCUUUCCCGUUGUCGAUAACCACACUUGGUGCAUGAUUGGCGACGCCUGUCUGCAGGAGGGCGUUGCCCUCGAGGCCAUAUCCCUCGCCGGUCACCUGGCGCUCGACAACCUCACCAUUAUCUAUGACAACAACCAGAUCACAUGCGACGGGUCCGUGGACCUGACAAACACCGAGGAUGUCAACGCCAAGAUGAGGGCCUGCGGGUGGCACACAGUGGAUGUCGAAGACGGCUGCUUCGACAUUGAGGGCAUUGUCAGGGCCCUGGCUGAAGCGCGACAGGCCACGCAUGGGAAGCCCACGUUCAUCAACGUCCGGACCGUCAUCGGGUUGGGCAGCGCCGUCGCUGGCAAGGCCGAGGCUCACGGCGCAGCGUUCGGGGCGGCCGACGUCGCAAACAUGAAGCGCAGCGUUGGGUUCGACCCGGAACAGCACUUUGUCAUCGGCGACAAGGUACGCGACUUCUUUGCCGACAUUCCCAAGAGAGGUGAGAGCCUCGUCGCCCAGUGGAAGGAUCUUGUCAGUAGGUAUGCGGAUGCGCACCCGGAGGCGGCCAGUGAGUUCAGCAGGAGGAUGAAGGGCGAACUUCCGGAGAACUGGAGGGAGCUUAUUCCAAAGAGCUUCUCCGACAAACCCACGGCAACACGAGCUUCUUCGGGAUUGGUGCUUAACCCAAUUGCCAAGGAUGUAAACUCCUUCAUGGUUGGGACCGCAGACCUCACACCGUCAGUUCACAUGACUUGGGAUGGGAUGGAGGACUUUCAGAAUCCCAACAUCAGGCCAACCUGCGGCAUCAACGGCUCCUAUACAGGCCGCUACAUUCACUACGGCGUUCGCGAGCAUGCCAUGUGCACCAUCUCCAACGGGCUCGCCGCCUUCAAUCCGGGCACCUUUGUGCCGGUGACUUCGUCCUUCUUCAUGUUCUACCUGUAUGCGGCGCCGGCGGUGCGCAUGGGCGCCCUCCAAAAGUUGCAGGUGAUCCACGCCGCGACGCACGACAGCAUCGGCAUGGGCGAGGACGGACCUACCCACCAACCCAUCGAGCUGGCGGCGCUUUUCCGCGCCAUGCCGAACCUGCUGUACAUGCGACCGGCCGACAGCGAGGAGACGGCGGGUGCCUGGGAGGUUGCCAUCGCCGAGAGGACCAGGCCGAGCAUCGUCAGCACAAGCAGGCACAAGCUGCCGCAGCUGCUCGGCAAGUCAAGCCGUAAAGGGGUGGCCAGGGGCGCCUACGUCGUGUCGGAGCCUACGGACGGCAGGGCGGACGUGACGAUCCUGGGCGUUGGGGCCGAACUGUGCCUGGCGCUGGACGUGGCCGAGGCCUUGGCGCAGGAGAGGAACAUCAAGGCCCGCGUGGUAAGCUUUCCGUGCUGGCGGCUGUUUGACGAGCAGCCGGUGGCGUAUAGGCGGGAGACGCUACGGCGGCAUGAGGGUGUCCCCGCCGUCGUCGUGGAGCCUUAUGCGCCGAACGGAUGGGAGCGGUAUGCCGACGCCGGCGUGUGUCUGCGGCGAUUUGGACACUCCCUGCCGGGGCCGGAAGCUUACAAGUAUUUCGAGUACGAGACACCAAAGGUUGCUGAAAAGAUUGAGGGGUAUCUAAAGGGCUUGAAGACGGGAGAGUGGUUGAGGGGGGAGUUUGCUGACUUGCAAAUUUGA